AUGCCAGAUUCUACACUCUCAUCAAACCCUUUGAAACGGAAGCAGGCUCAUGACGGCCCCGAGCAGGCCGCUGACCCUCCCUCAUCCCUUGACGCGUCUCUACAUUCAGCCGAAUCCUCAGCUGAUUCUCACGCCAAUACGCCCGAAACAACGACAUUGGAAAGCGGACCAUCCAAAAGAAAGAGCAAACCGGGUCCAGGAGAAAAGGCCUCCACGAGUGGAAAACCCAAGGGCCCGAAAAAGAGAACUCCAGCCGCGCCAUGGCCAGAUGCAUUGAAGCGCUUAUCUCAGACACAACGUGCCUUGAACUUGGUGUAUACAUUUUGCUGUACGCGAAAGCACUUUGCGACCACAUUUGACAAUAUCAAAAAAGCAGUGCAGGCACAGCUUGGUCAAGAUCGAGAACUUACCGUUGAAGACAUUGCGCGAGUAAAGGUGCUGGUCCCAGGCGCUGUGCGCUUCGAGUAUGUCGAUGAAGCAAAGUUGGAGGUGACAGCUGGAGAGAAAGAUGUUACUGACUAUGGGUUGAAACGUCAACGUGGUCUUUGGACAGCCGACGAUCUGAACAAGGAUAAUGCAGAGAAUGAAUCAAGCCAGGGAAUUACCAGGAAUGUCUUACUUUUCGAGUUCCUGGAUGGAGAUCUCAAGCGGGAGGUCGUUCAUCCGAAAACAGGGGAACCUGCCAAACCUGUGCGUCGAAUGAGAGAUGAGGAUCUAAAAAUGCCGGUCUACAGCCAGAAGCAAAUGCUGAAGCUGAUUGAGAAACGCAACGCUAAAUUUUCCGAUGCCAUUGACGCGUUUCUAGUUCGCUGUGAAGAUGAACUUAUCGAUCCAGAGCUCCUGUUGGAACAGGAGAAGGAUCUAUACAUCCCCACACAUCCUAGCAGUGGAGCUGUCACUCCCGCCGCGGCCAAAAUUCCCGCCACCAUUCCGAAAGAGCGUCUCUCUAUCGCAGAGAUCAUCGCGGAGAUCCGAGAGAUGGAGUGGUAUCAUGCUCAGAUCGUCCCAGAAGGACAUCGGGUAUUUGACGCCCAGUCUCCUGUUUACGGUGAUUUGAAUUUCCGACUUUCCCAGGAUCUUGUGAACACCUUGUACAAUACAAAGGGCAUCACCCAGCUAUAUUCCCACCAAGCGGAAGCAAUUAAUCACCUCUAUGAAGGCCAAAAUGUUAUAGUCUCUACCUCGACAAGCUCGGGCAAAUCACUCAUCUAUCAAAUCCCCAUGCUGCACGAGUUGGAAAAAGACCCCGAUAGCAGGGGAAUGUAUAUUUUCCCUACCAAGGCUUUGGCUCAAGACCAACGACGCAGUAUGAUGGAUCUUCUGCAAUACAUGAAUGGACUGCAACAUAUCAUGGUCGAAACUUUUGAUGGUGACACGCCAAUGGACAGCCGCAAUCUUAUUCGCGAUGAAGCACGAAUCAUAUUUACCAACCCUGAUAUGCUGCACAUCACAAUUCUACCGCAGGAAAGCGCCUGGCGCACUUUUCUAAAGAAUUUAAAAUUCGUGGUCGUCGACGAGCUCCAUGUCUACAAUGGUCUAUUCGGAUCUCAUGUCGCGUUUAUCAUGAGGCGACUUCGCAGAAUCUGUGCUGCGGUGGGCAAUCGGCAUGUCAGAUUUAUAUCUUGCUCUGCCACAGUUGCAAAUCCGGAGGCGCACAUGAAGUCUGUCUUUGGUGUGCAAGAUGUGAAGCUGAUCGAUUUUGACGGGUCUCCCUCGGGUCGGAAAGAGUUUGUCUGCUGGAACACUCCAUUCAAAGACCCGACAGAUCCAGGCUCAGGACGCGGUGACACUGUUGCUGAGACUGCCCGUUUGUUUUGCCAGCUGGUCUUGAGGGGCGUCAGGGUCAUCGCUUUCUGUCGGAUCAGAAAGAUGUGUGAGAUCCUCCUGCAAGCCGUCAGGAAUGAGUUUCAAGGUCUCGAACGUCCAGAAGUAGGCAAAAUGGUGAUGGGGUAUCGAGGCGGCUACAGCCCUCAGGAUCGACGUCGCAUUGAGAAAGAGAUGUUUGAAGGAAAGUUGAUGGGAAUCGUGGCGACAAAUGCCCUAGAAUUGGGUGUUGACAUUGGUUCCCUGGACGCAGUAAUCACUCUGGGAUUCCCCUACUCGAUCUCCAAUUUACGUCAACAGAGUGGCCGUGCUGGACGACGUAACAAGGACUCUCUAUCGGUGUUGGUUGGGGACAGGUACCCGACGGAUCAGCACUACAUGCAGAAUCCAGAAGAAAUUUUCACUCGGCCCAACUGUGAACUCCAGAUCGACCUUUCCAAUGAGCUCAUUUUGGAGGGACAUAUCCAGUGCGCUGCAUUCGAAGCGCCCAUCUCCCCAGAUCAAGAUCACAUCUAUUUCGGUGAGCAACUCUACACCGUCGUAGCCACGCGCCUCAUCAAGGACAGUAUGGGCUUCUUUCACUGCCACGAACGCUUUCGACCCCAGCCCUCGAGAUGUGUCUCCAUACGGGACACGGAAGACCAGCACUUUGCCGUAAUUGACACCACAAACAACCGCAAUGUUGUCCUCGAAGAAGUAGAAGCCUCCCGCGCCUUCUUCACCAUUUACGAGGGCGGUAUCUUCCUACACCAAGGCGAAACCUACCUCGUCCAAGAGCUGAACACGGAACGCCAUUUAGCUCGUGUAACCCGCGUUCAUGUAGACUGGAGCACCAUGCAGCGCGACUUCACCGACAUCGACCCCAUCGAGACAGAAACCAUGCGGCCCGUUACUGCAGAUCCAUCCGGCUGUCGCGCAUUCUUCGGAGCCAUCCAGAUUCACGCCGUUGUUUACGGGUUCUUCAAAAUCGACAAGCGCGGCCGAGUGCUAGAUGCCGUAGAGGUUGAUAACCCGCCCAUCGACAUCCUGACCAAGGGAAUGUGGCUCGAUGUUCCAUCGCGCGCAAUCACGAUCCUCGAGUCCCACAGACUAAACAUCGCCGCCGCCAUCCACGCCGCCGAACACGCGGUCCUCUCUCUGCUCCCUUCCUUUGUCAUUUCCUCACCUGGCGACGUCCGUACAGAAUGCAAAGUCGCCAAAAAAGAACUCGGUCGUCCCCUCCGUCGCGCAAACGAGACUUCCGUGUCUGAUAGAAAAGAGCUUCAGAAACUCCUCCAGCCGCCUUCCCGGCAACGGCCUGCUCGACUCACGUUUUAUGAUGCGAAGGGUGGGUCGUGUGGCUCGGGUAUCGCCAGCAAGGCAUUCGAGUUCAUCGGAUUACUCCUCCGACGUGCAGUUGCACGUAUCGAAGCAUGCGCCUGUCUGUCGCCACAGGGUUGUGUAGAAUGCGUAUGUGACGAGCGUUGUAAGGAGAUGAACUUAGUCAUGAGCAAGGCUGGCGCGGGUGUGAUCCUGCGAUGCUUGCUUGGUUUGGAGGUGGAUGUGGAUGCUUUGCCAUGGGGUGAAGAUGUUGAUGGUCAUGAUUUUGGCGUUGGGGGAGGCGAGUUGGCGGGUGGAUACGAGACUGUUGUGAAGGCCAACGAGAUUCCAUGGAAGGCUGGAUGUAGCCCUGGCGAAAGGCAGAGCUGA